CUUCUUCCAUCUUUCUCUCCGUCUGUUUUCUAGCUCCUCCCUGGAUCUCUCCAUAUACAAAAUGUCUAGCUGGCAAGAUAUCUGCCACUUCAAGCGUGAGCUGCAAGCUGGCAACAUCCCUUACGACUGGCGCCUCAAAUCAAUCCCCGAAGACUAUAAGUCGUCCAUUCCCAUUGUGGAAAGUUGCGGUGUCUUGAACGCCGAGGAACUCGAAAUCACCAACACCGAUGCGUCGAUUCUGGUGUCAAAACUGCAAACUGGCGAGCUCACAUCAGUCAAAGUCGUCACGGCAUUCUGCAAAAGAGCUGCUGUGCUUCAGCAGUUGACGAAAUGCUGUACUGAACUCAUGUUCAGCGAUGCUAUCGAGACUGCGGAAAGACUGGAUGAAGAAUUCGCCAAGACUGGAAAACCGACUGGACCUCUUCAUGGUUUGCCAAUCUCGUUGAAGGAUUGCUGUGAAGUGGAGGGUUAUGAUACUUGUGUUGGUUGGGCGGGGUUGUGUUUCAAGCCUGCUGAACAGGAUAGUGUGUCUACUAUCGCUCAGACUAGACGACUUGGAGCUGUGUUGUAUGUCAAGACCAAUCUUCCUCAAAGCAUGAUGAUGUCGGACAGCUACAAUCAUGUCUUCGGCCAGAGCGUCAAUUCCCUUCACCGCGGACUUGUCUCUGGUGGCUCCUCUGGCGGUGAAGGAGCGCUGGUCGGUGGACGUGGCUCAGUCAUUGGUAUCGGCACUGAUAUCGGUGGCUCAAUCCGUAUCCCUGCUGCUUUGCAAGGCAUCUAUGGACUUUGCUCUUCUGCUUUCCGCGUCUCCUGGCGUAGAGCUGCGAAUCAUCAGGACUAUCUCAUCAACUCCGUUGCUGGACCUUUGACCUGGUCACUGGACUCGCUCAAGACUUAUAUGGAAGCAUAUUGCUCAAGCAAUCCUUGGGAUAUUGACCCUAGUAUUCCUCCAAUCCCAUGGCGUAUGGAACUUACCAAGCCUCCAACUGGAAGAAAGCUCAAGCUUGGUUUUAUACAUGAUGAUGGAUACGUGCUUCCUCAACCACCAGUUCAGCGAGCUAUGAGCCAUGUCCGUGAGCUCUUCACCAAAGCCGGCCACGAAUGUAUCGACUGGGACUCAUCUUCCCAAUCAACAUCAUAUUACGAGCUUUGGGAACUCGCAAUCCUUGCCGACGGUGGGGAAGGUUGCAAAGCUGCUUGCAAGUUGUCUGAUCCCGAGCAACCACUUAUAGAAGGCAUGCUGGUCGGCAAACCCGAGGAUAAACUCGAUGUAGCACAGCGUCAAGCCCUGGCUCGCAAGAUUCUGGAUUACAAGCAGAUGUAUGCUCAAAAGAUGCUCGAGUCAGGAGUUGAUGCCAUCAUUGCGCCUGUCUUGCCUUGGGUGGGAUAUAAACCUAAGCAGUGGGUUGUCAGUAACCAAUAUGUUGGUUACAGUGCUCAUUGGAAUUUGCUUGACUACUCGGCAUUGGCUGUUCCUACUGGAGUGUUUGCGGACAAGGAGCUUGAUAGUGUUGAAGCCUGUCCUGGUUGGAAAAAGUAUUCGCCCAAGAACAAGAGUGAUGAAUUCAAUCACCAGCAGUAUGAUCUUGAUCUAGUGGAGGGAAUGCCAAUUGGUCUGCAGAUUGUCACUGGACAUUACAAAGAAGAACAAGCAGUCAUGGUCGCUGGAGUUCUGGAAGAACUGCGCAGAAGCUCAUGAGAUGAUGGAUACUAUC